CUCAGGUUCAACCCUCACCAUGAGCCUGAGACCCGGUGCUUCCUCUUUCUGCAUCAGUGCACAGGUGCUACAGGUGCUGCUGCUGUUGUCACCGCUCCUGAUUAUGAUGGUGUCCGGUACUAUGGGAAAAAAUGGAAAUGGCAAAGAAUGGUACUAUGAACUUCGUUGUGUGUGUCUGAAGAUCACUUCUAACAUUCACCCCAGCAAAAUUCAAAAUUUGGAGGUGAUCAAGGCAGGACCUCACUGUCCCAAAGUUGAAGUGAUAGCCACGAUGAAGAAUGGGAGUAAAUUCUGCCUAAACCCAGAUGCUCCCUCAAUCAAGAAAAUAGUCCAGAAAAUUUUGGAAGGUGAUAAUUCAGCAGCUUAAUCCCUCCACUUUCUGUCAAAUCUGUUAAUUUCCCAGAAUGGGCAGGAUUUUGAAGUCUUGACUUUCCAGCAUACUUAAUUAUACUUCAUUAAACUUUGGAUAUGAUUUCCA